ACAAAAAAUUAUCACUCAUAGUAUUGAGUAACAUUAGUUGCAACCUAUAUCAAUUACUAUUAUUUAUUUAUUUUUGUUAGUAUGUAGUAAUAGUUAUUAUUGAUAUUAAAUUUACACAAACAUCUAAAUAUAUAAAAUUGGUAGAGAAAUGCACGUGAACCUUUAUAUACAAACUUCGAGGACCUCAUUGUCAUUGCAAACCACCCAUUGUUUCACUGUCAGUAGCUGAGGCCAAAAUCUUUGAUUUAAAAAACAGCACACAACAGAGAGGAAGAGAACCAAAUAAUGGGUUUGGUAACUAAAAGAGAGUAGAAUAAUCAGAGAGAAAGAAGAAGAAGAAAAAAGUUAAAACAAAAAACAACCUAUGAAACAAAUGAAGAUGCAAGGUUGUGAGGUUGAAGCCAUUGGCAUAAACUACAAGAUCCACACAAACAGAACAGAACACCCUUUUAAAAUCUUCAGCAAAUCACCACAACUAGAUAAUACUAAUGGUCAAGAAACAGAGGAUGAGGAAGAAGGAAGAGGAGAUGAAAAAAGUUGCACUGAAGUGAGGCAUGUACUCAAGAAUGUGAGUUUUCAAGCAAAACCAUGGGAAAUUCUAGCAAUUGUUGGACCAAGUGGAGCUGGAAAAUCAUCACUACUUGAGAUCUUAGCAGUUGAAGAAACCAUGAUGUUCAGUGCAAGGCUAAGGCUAAAACUUCCUCAACAACAACUAUGUUCAAGGGUCAAGUCACUGAUUCAAGAGCUUGGACUUGAUCAUGUUGCCGGGACUAGAAUCGGCGACGAUCGAGUCCGAGGUAUAUCAGGCGGGGAAAGGCGCAGAGUUUCUAUUGGUGUUGAAAUCGUACAUGAUCCAAAAGUUUUGAUUCUUGAUGAACCAACUUCUGGGCUUGACAGUACUUCAGCUUUGCAAAUUAUUGAUAUGCUCAAGGUUAUGGCUGAAACUAGGGGAAGAACUAUAAUACUAAGUAUUCAUCAACCUGGUUUCAGAAUUGUGAAGCUGUUCAAUUCAUUGUUGUUGUUGGCUAAUGGUUCUGUGUUACAUCAUGGAAGUGCUGAUUUAAUGAGUUUGAAUUUGAGAUUAAUGGGUCUAGAGCUUCCUCUUCAUGUUAAUGUAGUUGAAUUUGCUAUUGAUUCCAUUGAUACCAUCCAGCGACAACAACAAUGUCAGGUGGAAACCGAAACGCCGAGGCUAUUGCAAGGGACAAUGCAACAGAAGAAAGGUGCUGAUAAUGAACAACAACCAGGUGAGAGUAAAAUUGGUAAGUUCACUUUGCAGCAGCUAUUUCAACAAUCUAAAGUAAUUGAUGAAGAUAUCAUCAAUAAUAAAGGAACUGGAAUGGAUUUCUCUUAUGAUUUUGCUAAUUCUAGAUUGAGAGAAACCAUGAUUCUAACUCAUAGAUUCUCCAAAAAUAUAUUCCGUACAAGAGAGCUAUUUGCAUGUAGGACAAUUCAGAUGCUGAUUUCAGGACUAGUUUUAGGAUCAAUCUUUUGUAACCUCAAAGAUGAUCUAAAAGGAACAGAAGAAAAGGUUGGUCUAUUUGCUUUUAUAUUAACCUUUCUGUUAUCAAGCAGCAUCGAAGCUCUACCAAUUUUUCUACAAGAAAGGGAAAUUCUCAUGAAAGAAACAUCUUGCGGAAGCUACCGUGUGUCGUCUUAUGCUAUUGCAAAUGGACUAGUUUACUUGCCAUUUCUUCUAAUCCUAGCCAUUUUGUUCACAGUUCCUUUAUACUGGCUUGUUGGUCUCAACACAGACUUCACUGCUUUUCUGCACUUUCUGUUACUGAUAUGGCUUGUUCUUUACACGGCUAAUUCAGUUGUGGUGUGUUUCAGUGCUCUUGUGCCUAAUUUCAUUGUUGGUAAUUCAGUGAUUAAUGGUGUUAUAGGUUCUUUCUUCUUGUUCUCUGGUUAUUUCAUAUCAAACCAUGAGAUUCCUAAUUACUGGAUUUUCAUGCAUUAUAUAUCACUUUUUAAGUAUCCCUUUGAAGGGUUUCUGAUCAAUGAGUUCUCAAACUCAAAAAAGUGUUUGGAGUACAUGUUUGGUGCAUGUGUGAUGAAGGGAGAGGAUGUGCUUAAAGAAGAAGGGUAUGGAGGAGAAGGUAGCAGAUGGAAGAAUGUUGGUGUCACUGUUGGCUUCAUCAUGGUUUACAGAUUCAUUUCCUAUGUUAUUCUGAGAUACAAAUGCUCAGAGAGGAGGGUCUAGAGCCUAUGGUGAGUCUCUCUCUCUCUCAAUCACUUUCUCUCUCUAUGGAGUUCACAUGUCUUGGAUUUUACUUAUGAUGGCAACCAUAGAAGAUAAUAUCAACCAAAAAAAGUGUAAAGAAUUGUAGAUUCUGCCAGUGUCAACAAAUUGUACUAACAUGAUAUUAUUAUUAUUAUGUUGGAUUUUUGUUUUUA